AUGAGCUUGGAAACGUCUGAUUCGCUGAGGCAACAGUUCCAGUUAAUACAGGAACAGCAACAGAAGAAACUUCUUGCCAGGAAACAACGGAAAGCAAAGAAUAAUGAGAAAACAGGGCAAGAAGAUGCAAGCUCAAUGACAGACACCUUUUGGGGUCAUGACGGACAAACUGACAAUUUAGAUUUAAAGGUUUGCAAGAUCUAUAUCUAUAUAUCUAUAUAUAUAUAUAUAUAUGUAGUAUUUUAUUUAUAUAUAAUUUAUAUAAAAACACUGUAUUUCUAGUUUGAUCACAUAUUUACAUUAUGCUACGACAACAUAACAGCAACAACUUUAACAGUGUGGCAGCGCGUCAGACUCGUAAUCCGGCGGUCCCGCUGGGUUCGAUUACUUGCUGGAUUUGUUUGUGGUUGUCCCGAGUUCAAGUCCUCGGCCACGCUUGUAAAUAACCAACUUGUUGCCUCCUUCCAGUUGGGGUUUUUAAUCCAUUUAUGUUGUAUUUGAAUUAUUCGUUCUUUAAGUAUUUGAGAGGAGUGCCUGUAAACUAGCUGCAUAAGCUAAGUGCACUUUCCAGUAUAAAACAGCCUAAUUAAACCUUUUUAACAUUUAAUCAUAACUAUAACAAAAUUCUCAAAUCUGAUUGGUUCUCAACUGCCCUGAUUUCAGCCUUAAUAGGACAAUUUAAUAGGACAGUACGCAUCAUGCCUACGUAAUUGGACAGUACGCGCCAUCAUGCGCGCGCUUAAACGGCUUUUUUUUUUCAUUGCUAGCGAAAAAAUCUUGGAAUUUCUUGUGUUUUGAUUUGAAAAGAGCCCUAUAUGUCACAAAUUUUGUUAAAGUUAUGAUUAAUUGGUAACAGAACUUCCUGUCGUCCAAUUCAGUCUGUAAUCAUACUCAUGAUUAAACAAAUCGGACUCUCACUACGCAGUCGUCUGAUUUUGUUAAUCACUCGCAUGAUUGCAGUCCGAAUUGGACUCCACUCAGUCCUGUUACCAUUACUUAUUACUUGCUAGUUACUAAUUAGAUACCUUAAGAUACCAGGAUGAGAACAACUGGGAGUACGAGAUUUAACUUAAAGUUUUUUUUGCAUAUUCUCAAAAAAUAGACACCCCAGAAAGCUCCAUUGUACUUUUUUUUCCCAUAAGGCCAUCCCUAUAAAAUGUUUCGUUUCCCAUUGCCCUCCCUCUUGUGAAAGUGGGUCGGUCGCUGGGAAAAAAAAGAAAAGAAUGAACACAUGAUUGCAUAUUAAAUCUCAUGUUUAGUCUGCAAGAUAUAAUCAGAUGGUAAAAGAUGUAUAUUGAGAGGACUAUCAAAUGUCUAAAAAGGCUACAAAAAUGAAGUAUUGAUGAUAAUUUAAGACAAUUGAUGUUAAUGAGACAAGAUCGUGUGCUUGUAAAUUAAAGUACUUGCUUCUUUACAAGUGAUUCUGGAAUUUUUUUUUAAAUUUUACUUUUCCAAACAAAUGGGUCGGUCGGGCGAUGGGAACAAAACAUUUUAUGGGGAUGGCCUUAGAAAAGAUAGCACUGUUAUCUAUAUUGAAGGAGCUUAAGCCCUCUCUUGAUCACAAAAUGAUAAAACUUCUAACAUUUUAUAGCUCACUUUUGCCACUACGACAUUCUCGCUAAAACUUGUAGUACGGAAUAAGAACAGCUAUAAAGUUUUCCCGCCAAAAUGAUGCUGGCUCAUGUGCGCGCACUACCCAGUAUUGAGAAAAAAUCAUCCUCAUAGUCGUACUCAUCUUAGAAUCUAAAGGUCUCUACUUAGUUGUGCUUUAAGACUCCUGACCAGGGAGUAGUACAUUAUUACUAUUAGAAAGCUAGCAUGUACUUUUAAAAUACCCAAUAGGCAAGGGUUGAGGAAAGUCAUCCUCCAACAAAAUCGUUAAGUAAGACUUGAAAGCAAGAAAUUGCUCUGGGCAGGCAAAAUUUGAGAGCUGGAAUUCAUUUUUUUUUCAAGCCCUGAACACACAAGCACAUAAACAGUUUGUUAAGGUUGAAGUGUAAAAUAUAACUUCUCAUUAUCUCAUUUUGCGUUGCUUUUCUACAUUGGAUGACACAUCAUCAUCAUCUCGAUUAGGUUGGUAAAAGCCAUCAAUUGGGCAAGACACCAACCACUUACAAAUAUAAAUUAAAAAGUAAAAAUUACAUGCAACAAUUAGUGUUCAGAAUAAAAAAUUAAAAAAAUCAACAAAGGUAGUUCUUAAAUUCUUCAGUUAACAAAAUUCCAUAAGAGUCAGCAAUAUAUUUACAUAUUGCACAUGUACUCAAAUGGUGCAUAUUAAUGUAUUUCAUUUUUCUGGUCACUUAUUUACAUGUCUGGUCAAAAUGAGAUUUGUCCGGACAUUGUCCAGUGCUUGGCUGAUAUUUUGAGCCCUGCAGGUGGUGUAUGAAAUGCUAUAAGAAAAGGCAAAUAAAGCACCAUAUGUGAAAUUACUGCCAACAAAGCCAUGUCAAUUUUUAUGGUCUCACCAUCACAUGAUUUCAUCCACAGACUCAAAAGUUGUGGAACCAUUUUACCAGACUCUGUAAGGGUUAAAAGAUGUUGAGUUCAGACUUUCUUUAAACCCCGAAAGGAAAAAAUCUUGACAUUCUGAACCUAGAGCUGGGAAAAGUAGUGAGUAGUGAGAUGUCCCCAAUUUCCUAGUAGGAAGACUUCCAGUGGGGAUUAGGGCUAUUUGAAGUCCCAUAUCUUUAAAAGUGGAGCAGUGAAAAUCCCAAAGACAUGGUUGAAGAAUGUAAACAGUACUGCGAGUUGGCAAUUCACAUAUUGACUAAAUUAACUCAAAUGUGACCACUAGGUAUUAGAUUGAGUUUGCUAUAUUAAAUUGUAAUGAACCCUAGAGAUGCCUGCAAAAAUUGUAUGGAGUUUGACUUUUUGAGAAAGCAUGAGAAAUCAGUUGUCAACUUCUGAGAGCGUGAGAUAGGUUGUGUAGUCAUGAGACUCAGGAUAAAGUCAUGAAACUAAUGUACCCCUUUUGAUGUCAGCUCUCUGCGAAAGUACAAUUAUAAUUGUAGGGAGUCCUUUGUUAAUUGAUGCAGGAUUCAAAGUCAAACAAAUAAUUUUAUAGUAGUACUGUGUCCAUUACAGAUUAAUUUAUUAAUCACCUUUUUGUUCUUUUAAAUACCCAGCUUGAUACUGCUGUUGCAAAUGGUGGAGAUCUUUUUAUGCAAAAAGAAGUAGAAGAGCUUAAGGAUGCUAUCCGGGUCAUUUAUUUUAUAAUUAUGUUGUUUGUCAAAUACACGUAUAUAAGUCAUGAACCAGGGCUUCUGAUACAAUGCAAUGGUGUGAAUUUGUUUGUACAACACGUGUAGGAUCUACACGUACAGUUUGUACAUCUAACUGAAGGCUGUGCUCUAAGAAAAAUUUUUUGAAGGGAGCCCAGUGCUCUGAACUUGUGAAAUCCAGUGUGCACAGCAUAUGAUUUCUAUGAAAAAGCUAAGAUUUUCUAGUCGCCCAAGAACAAAAGUUAGGCGCCAUGGGCCAUCGGACUCUGCUAGAGCACAGCCUUGUAUCUCAAAUCACAUCUAAUAGCAUGAUCCACAACAAAUUGAAUGCGACAUGUAAUUUAAGGUUACUUUGCUUUGGAAAACAUGUGCAUGUAGAUCUUCUGAAAGUUCUAAAGUUGUUGUCAAACUAAAAAUUAAAAUUAUUUAAAUUUUUACGGUGUUUUUGACUUUUUUACAAUUGUUAUUUUAAAAAAACAGGUAUUAAAAGAUGAAAAUGGUCGACUUUAUAAGCUUCUUGGGGAAAGGGAUGAGGAGAUGAGGAUUUUGAGGAAAGCAAGAGAUGAGGAGAAGAGAGCUUUGGCUGGUGAGAACCUUUUUGUAGCUGUUGUGUAAUGUAUUUAGUGUAGUUGGGUCAUAAAAAAGCUGCUGGGAACUCUUAAUGUUAACAAUUUGGUCAAAUAUAGCUGUACAUUGUAAAGAGUCGGGGACGUAGUCCCCGGUGUGGUGGUCUACAUGUAUCUCUCAUGGGGGGAGGGACUGUUACGGGCCCGCAGUAAUUGACGUCAUGCUGUUGCGGUGACCCUGCCAAGAGUUGGCGAAUCUAAUAAAAUAAAAUAAAAUAGGUGUGGUUCUACAAGGGCUCUAAAUUCAGGGCUGUCAUUAAGAGCUGGGGCGGGGAUUUUCCCUGGCUACUAUGAACAUGGGCCCCGGCUACAUUCAUAUUAAAAUAGAAGAAAAAUAAAACCAAAAGAAAUCCCUAGCUGUUUGAUUCCCCGUCUGCUUGUUGUGUUUACUGGCAACUUGAAAUCUUAGUAAAAUCCCUGAAAUUACAAUACAUUAAAUUUUUCCCAUGAUAAAUGGUACAGAUUUUGAUACGAGGGCUACAACACAAUUCAUGAUACAAAAUGGGUACAGCAGCCCUAAACUUUUUCUACCUGCAAAACUUUGAAUUGAGCCAAAAUAUUGCCAAACUUUUAACAAUGUUAGAGGCUGUUUUAUAUAAUUAAUUUUGUGAAAUGUAGGGCAUAAUAACUCAAAAAGGCUACAGGGCAUGGUUGGCAUAUUCAGAAAGAACAAGAUAAAAAAGCCCCUUCGCCAAAAAUGAGCCUGUUGGUGUAAAUUGGUGGGGAGAUAUAAGCACCAUAAUGCUCCUAAUGAAUCCAGGGAAAUCCUUCUAAAAUUGGUUUGGAUCGUAACAAACUUAAUGAUCCAGGCUUAUUUUUACAGUAGAAAAAUUUACCAUGUAUUUGGAGUCAUUGGAUAAUAACAGUGUUUAUGUCUCCCCACAAAUUGCAUUUUUCGUCUUGUUUUUUCCGGAAAUACCAUACCCUAUCCUAUAAUUUGAAUUCACAAAUUUUGUUUAGAGAGCUGUGCAUUUUAACAAUUUACAUCACACUGUUGUUUGAUUGUUACAGUAUGUUGCUAUAAUAGUGUACAUGAGUUUAUAUUUUUUACUUUUAUGAUUGUAUAGGCACUGGGGUGGCUGCUGAUACCGCUGCUGGUAGGAUCAUGGAACUGUCCAAGAAAAAUAGGGAACUAUCAGCAGACCUGGAGAGUGAGCGGAAUAAAGUGCGUCAACUGACAAAGAAAGCAAGUUACAUGGAGAGAGAGGUACCAACAAUGACGUUAAACCCGCUUCAGGCCCCUUUCACAUGUACGUUGCAUGUGGAGAAAACCUUUCCUGGGUAGAGGGAAGGAUCAGUCGCCUACCUUUUCUACCCUGUAGCAGCCAAUUUUUCCUGAAAUUUCCUUACAAAACUUAGUGGAACCUCUACAUGACAAACAAAAAGUUGGCUUAGCUCAGGCGUAGUUAAUAGAUUGGAAUGGUUAUGAAACCUGUCAGACUCCUCUGUUAUAUGUUUUUCUGGACCUGACAGUGCACAACGUUCAAUAGCAUUCCUAACACUUUGAUCUUAUUAGUCAAUAAACACGUCCCAUUAAUUUAUUCCCUCACAAUUUGCCAACAGAAAACAAAGGAUUGUGCACCUUUAGGGAGCUUCCAACAUAGAACUGCAGCACCGUGACCGGUGUUUUUAUAUUUGAUGUUUGUUUUCUUUCAUAACCAGUCUCCUCUAAUAACUAUGGCUCAGGUCACCCUCUUUAGAUGGUACAGCCUGUAGGGUCACCCUUCUAGUCAGGCCAACUUUUCUCCAUACCCCAGCUGGGUCAACUCUUUCAGGGCACAAGACGAUCAGAUCAUGCAUGAGUGCUGUUGGCUCAGGCAAAGGAGUUGACUUCUUCUCAAGCUUUUCUCAAGUAAAAGUUGACCUGGCUGGGAGGAUGACCCUCUUUUCUGAGAACUUUUCUUUUUAAUUAUAAACAGGGCCUUAUAACAGUGUUCACGUAUAUGUAAUCUUUCCUGUAGAUUGUGUACAUGUAAUGUACAUGUAGCACUCUCGUGGGUUAAAAUAUUAUCCAUGUACGUUGUAUGAAAUUUAUUUAAUAUUCGUAAUAGAGUGUGGUUGAGUUUCUAGUCUUGAUAUCAUAGCUGACGUAUUACUCCUUAAUUUUGGCGCGAAAUUUCAUCGUUAGAGUACGACGAAGUUUUAAAACUAUGCAUGCUCUAGAAAACCUAAACACACGAAAGAGCAAAUCAAGGAGCAUUCUAACAGUUGUUUUCUCACAAAUUCUGAAAAAUCUGAACUUAAGCCAAAUUUAAGCUCUAUAAAACUUCUGAGAGAGUGGAGUUCUCGAUCGAUACGAUCGAGGAUAAACAUGUCAACAAUCCACGAUUGCGAACGUAAUUCGUCACCCAUGAUAUUUAAUAAUAGGUAAUCAAAUGGUAUACUCGUGAAAUUGGCGAAUAAUUUCACCUGCGUUGUGUUCAAGUCGUAAUAAUUUGAUUAUUUCCCUCCCCUGCCUAAAGGCUCGGAGGCUUCGGAAAUAAAUUUUGGACAAAACGCGGAUGAAAUUAUUCCCUUGUUCCACUUGUCACCAUUUGAUUACACAUACUUAUUAUACAUGUAUUAAGCAUCAAACAAAAUUAAUAAUAUUACAACUGCUAUUGUUUGCGUCUUCAGUUGAUGUCUUCAGGUAACACAAAACAGGCUGUUGCUGAGCAGAAGUCAAAAUCAGAUACAGACAGGGUAAUACUUAUUGUUAAUUGGUUCAUAAUACUUAUGUCCCUUAUAAUAAUAAUGGAUUGUUGCACUAAACAAUCAUGGUAGUUAAAUAGCUAGAAGUGUGAGUGAUUUUGCUGUGCCUUGAAAGCAUUCCAUGUGGAGCGUUGAAGUGAAACAGUAGAGUAUAAACACACCUUUCAAGACAAGCAAAUAGAUCAUAGGAGGAGGCAGUGUGGCCGCAUGGUCUGCGUGUCGAACACAUUGGUCUGGUCCCGGGAAUCGAACCCGCGACUUCACGUUUUGCAGUCAAGCGCUCCACUGACUGAACUUGUCCUAACGCGGUAACUUUGAAGAUGCAGUAAGUUUAAUACCCGGCUUCACUAAUUUAUAAGCCUGCUUAAGUUUUCUUUAGUUAGCCUAUAUCCUUGUGCACAUUAUUUUUAUAAGGUGUUCAGGAGAAAGCAACCAAAUGAAGAUGUUGAUUUUUUUUUUUUCAGGACAGCUCUGAAGUCACUGCCCUGCAAGAUAAACUGAGUCAAUCAAACAAUAAAUUGGCAGAGUUUAGAAAUCAGUGUGAGAAGCUUAAGAAAGACUUAAAAGUUGCACACAAGGUAUUGUUAAAACAUGUCACGGCAAUUUAUAUCUUAUUGCAGUGUUAGGUAUGGUGGCCGCACAGUUGUCACCUCAAGCCGGUUCUGAUUUGGCGGCCUGUGUUGAAGCCUUGCCGUCGUGUCAUUUCCUUAGAUAAGAACCUGGGAAGACCAGGAGAUGCAGUCCUUGGUGAUUUGGUCUAUUUCUCAUGGGUGAAGGGGACUGUUACGGGCCGCAGUAUCUGGCUUCAUGCUUUUCUGGCGGCUCGUGUUCAAGCCUUACCAUCGUGUCGUUUGCUUAGAUAAGAACCCUAUCAGCUUUAAAAAAAGACUGGGGAAUGUAGACCCUGGUGAUGUUUCUACAUGUAUCUCUCAUGGGUGAAGGGGACUGUUACGGGCCGCAGUAUCUGGCUUCACGCUUUUCUGGCGACCCGUGUUUAAGCCUUGCCAUCGUGUCGUUUCCUUAGAUAAGAACCCAAUCAGCUGUUUAAGAGGAAUAGGAGAUGCAGACCUUGUUUUUACUCAGGCAGCCAAACGUAGUGUUUGUCAACAACAUGGACAAAAUCGGAUCAUUCGGAGCUAGACUAAAGAGUGGACGAUAUUCGAUCUGCAUAAUUCUUCACAUCUUACUCAGCCUCAUUCAAUAAUUGCUAAUUAUACUACGGGCUGUUACCCUGGAACCAAUUAGCCUCGCUGCUGGGGAGGAGUACUGUUAAAGCUAAGACAUUUUUUACUGGUGGACGUUAACCGGGAGUGGACUUCUUGCUUUGAUUCUUAUGCCGUGUUUUUGCCCAAUUAUUCGGGAAAAUCAGCUCUUAAAAGACGCUUGGCGAUACAAAUCUGGUAGCGUCAAAGUAUGUUAAAAGGGAACUGAAAAACCUCACUCAAAAACGGUCUGUCUUUACCUUUAUUUACCUUAUUCCGUUUCAACUCACUUUUCCUUUAUAACAUUUUGAGGGGCAUCCGUUUUUGGGCAUUAAACAGCACCUAUGGUUGACCUAUUCACAUAUCAAUUGCCACUAACCACACCGGCUUAAAUUGAUUUUAUUUUUAGGUACUUGCAAAGGAAGUUGGAGAUGGAUUCAACAUUACUUCACUGUUGAAUGAUUCAAGUGGCUGGACAUUUUUUACUGGCGGAAGUUAACCGGGAGUGGACUUCUUGCAUUGAUUCUUACGCCGUGUUUUUGCCCAAUUAUUCGGGAAAAUCGUCACUUACAUGACUGUUGGCGAUACGAACCUGGUGGCGUCAAGGUAUAUUAAAAGGGAAACGAAAACCUCACCCAAAAACGGUCUGUCUUUGCCUUUUUUUACCGUAUUCCGUUUCAACUCACUUUUUCUGUAGAACAUUUUUGAGGGGCAUCCGUUUUUGGGCAUUAAAACGGCACUUUUGAUUGACCCAUUCACAUCUCAAUUGCCAGUAACCACCCCGGGCAAGUGGCUUAAAUUGAUUUUAUUUUUAGGUACUGGCAAAGGAAGUUGGAGAUGGAUUCAACAUUACUUCAUUGUUAAAUGAUUCAAGUGGCUGGAGAGGAAGACAACAGCAGAUCACAUCUUUGCAGAAUAAGGUAUAAGCCGUGAAAUGAUUAAAUGCCUCUAGACCACAGCUUCUGUACAUGUAGCUAAAUAGCUGGUUCAGUGAAGCUUGCUUUGGGCAUUAGGAAUUACUCACCGGUAAGCUACGUGUAUCAGAGAGCUUUAGAUUUGAGGACGAGGACGAGAUUUAACUAAAGUUUCUGUGCGUGUUCUAAAAAAAACUUCAUUUUAUUUUCUUUUUCACCAAAAAAGUUAAUACGGUUAUUUAUACUGAAGGAGGUUAAGCCCUCUCCCGAUGGCAAAAUGAUAAGACUUCUUACAUUUGAUAACUUGUUCCCGCUACUACGACAUUCUUGCUAAAAACUCGUAGUAGAAUGACGACGGCUAUCACGUUUUCCCGCCAAAAUGACUCGUAGUCGUCCUCGUCUUAGGGAGCUUUCCAUUUGUCAGAACUGACUGGCCAGCCCAUUGCCAUCGUAAUGAGAAUUUCAUUUUUAAUCAAAACUAACCAUCCAGAUCUGUCAAAUCCUAAAUAUUUCGUUUUUCAAAGGGAAUGGAUUUUUCCAAGUCAAAACCUCUUGGAAAAAGCCCAUUUCAGAGAAAAAAAAACAUGCCUAUUCUGGAUUGAAACCAUGGUCCGGCCGGCCAGUUCUGACUUUUCGAUUCUUUGCCGUCACUGCACGGAUCUUGAAAAUGCUUUACGGUAUUACAUUUUGUGGCUAAACACAAGGAACAACUUGGUCACGGUCUUAAUAAUUCACGCCCAGGAGAAUUUGGACACAUUUUUUCUUUUUUUGUGACAUUUUUGCUGUCGCCGCCUGUCUUUAACCUUUAAUUUCCUCAUUUUGUAAGAUCCAUAUGAUCAUUGGUUUCUUAAAUGGACUAUUACUUGAUGUACUUGCUGUUUCGUACUGAACCACUGAUGUACUUUUAAAUUUCAGUUAUAAGUUUUGAAAUCCUUCCGUCUAUUUCAAUAAUUCUUACUUCUUAAAUUGUUCCAAUGAGGGACAAAAAUGUUGAGACACUUCUUUAAAAUGGCCCCUUUUUUGCAUGGUGGACAUACCUAUCCCGCCCCCUAAAUCAAUGUUUUAGUUUUGACCCUCAAGUCUUUCUUUUACUACAAACAACGUUGAUUCGGGGUUGAGGGGAUUUACGGCGUUUAACAGAACGAAAAAACAAAAAAAUGAAAUUGUUGAUGAAAGCACGCGUUUCAGGCAAGUAUGUCAACUACUUUCGUUCCUGAUUGUAGGUAACAGAGCUAAAAAGCCAGUUAGGACAGGUUGCUCGAAGCAGUUCAGCCACAUCUAACAACAUUCUCUUGAGGUCAGCGAUGAUGUCACCCUCAUCAGCGCCGUCCCAGUAUGAUGAAAAACAUCGCUCGGUACUGAAGAAAAUUGAAAAGGAUCGCAAGGAAGCGCAGGAGGUGAGAAGACAAUGUCAGGGACUACAAGAUCUAACGACGCGGACGGCAACAAGAACGACAAAAAAACGAAAUGUUUAAUAAGCAAAACCACAACUUUGCACGUACAUCACGCUUUCUUGUACAUUUCUUUCCUGUUUUUGCACGACUUCGACGUGAAAAUGCCUAAUUUCGCGUUUUAACGAGGACGUAAACAAGCAACGACGAAAUUUAAUUUCUCUUCCUGAGCUUGAAUAUGGUCACUUCUGUUGAAAUUCAACUUUAGGAGAGUUCGCCUACAUUUGACAAAGUAAUUGGGUAGGAAUAAUCGCUGGAAAGACCAAAAGAACGAAAAUUUGUUUUUUAAACGACGUUCUCGUUGCCGUCGCGUCGUUGGAUCUUAAAGUCCCUAUUGUGAACGAUUUAAAGCGGCUCGGUGUUACCGCUGUACAGUUGGCUUAGUUAAUAUUGCUAAUUACGCUUCCUUAUACGCCAUGAAACUUAACGUUAGCAAAGAGGUUAAUUGUAUAUGACAAAUGCACAGCUUCUUUUCCAACAAAUUUACCUCCCGAGAAUAUUAUAACACGUUAAAAACUACAAAAGUGAACUUUGAAAAACUAUUAGGCUAACAAGUUUUAAAAAAUCAACAAUAUAUGCACCGUAAUUUUUAGGGAGUUAUUAUAACUCCAAAAAUGGAGUGAAAAUUUUAGGUACAGGAUAACCCCUUUUUGGGUGUUACUUUGACUCCUAAUUUAACUCCGAAUUUGGGGUCAUUUUACUCCUGAAAAAGAGUUCUUUUUACUCCCAGUCUGGAGAUAAAAUCACUCCGAAAUGGGGUUAUUUUUACCCCUUACAUGGGUUGUUUCUACUCUUUUUGGAGUUAAUUUAACUCUGAAAGUGGGGUAAAACUUUUAGGUUGAGGAUUAACUCCUUUUGGGGGGUUAUUUUAACUCCUCAAUAUCUGGGGUCACUUUUACUCCUGAAAAAGAGUUCUUUAAACUCCUUUUUGGAGUUAAAAUAACUCCCCAAAAAAUAACUCCACUGUGAGGAGUUAAAUUAGCCCCACUAGAGGAGUUAUUAUAACUCCUUGAAAAUUACUGUGUGCAAUCCGUUUUUAUCUUCCUCAAGUUUGUCCACCCGCGCCUCCUUUUGUAUUUUCUGUGUUAUUUAUACCUUCUUUUAAUGUUUUGAGCGGUUAUUUUUGUGUUUCACUCAGUUUGGUGGCAGUUCCUACUGUUAGAAUUUUUGAUAAAAUUCAUGACACAGCUCCUUUAACUUCCUUCACGUUGAUCGAAAUAUUUGUAUCGGUUCCGCUACACGUUCGACUACUGUCACUGAUAAGUGACUUUCUUUAGCGUGGUUGAUAAAUGGCUGUAUUGUGGUUACAGGGCCAUGUUUCGAAAGCAGAGGUGUCGAAGCAUGACUGUCACUGCUAGCUUGCACAAUUAUAGAAAGAGCACUUCACCAAUCAGUAACACGUGAAUUUACUUCAGGCCCAAGCCGGUUUAAAAGGUGGAUGGCGUUAUCCACCGGAUAGAUCUAUAGCUCAAUUAGUUUUUUUAAUACUUAUCCAAUGGAUAGUGAUUUAUUGAUCCGGUGGAUAGCGCUAUCCAGCUUUUGAACAACUGGGGCCAGACCACGCGUAGAUGUAGUUUGAGGCAAAGCACAAAUAACCCAAGACUUGAACAGGAUUUAGUUCUAAACAGUAGUUCCUAGAUUUGAUACAUUGAUGCUUGCAUGCAGUAGGACUGUUGAACAACUAGCGAAAUUUCUUUGCUUUUACACGCCAUUGUGUGUAUAUUUUAUGGGCAAAGUGGGUAAUUUAACUCCAUACCCCAGUUGUUCAAAGGCUGGAUAGUAUAAUCCACCCUAUAAAUCACUAUCCAGUGGAUAAGAAUUAGGGAAACCAAUUGCACUUAUCCUCUAAACAGAGAUUUACCACCCUUUGUUCUGCUGGGGCCAGGUGUUCUACCCCUAAACUACCAUGAACACUAACAGUACCUAAACUGGCAACAGUACUUAUAAGUACAAACACGAGGCCGACGGUGCUCUCAUUUUACCUCCUUCUCUCCAAUAGAGCUCCGUUUUACGAGUAUUAAAGGUACUAAAGCUACACGGAACAUCGUGCUCAGUAUCUCCCUCACAGAAGGUCGCUGUACACUAACUGGCUGUGCUUGUCCUUGCUCUUGCGCACAUUAACAUCUGGAUAUAUAUCCAUGAACCUGUAAACGUUACUGUAACUGGAGACUCUGCAAGUCAGAAAAAGCAAAUGUAACAUGAUAAACUGCCAUCUGCUAAAAAGAUGUCCAAUUAGACAUAAAAUCCUUUACUUUGGAACUAUUUUUUGCUAGUGUCAGCGUUGAAUUUGAAGUCUUUCUUUUAGUAACGUGCUUAACGUGAUUAUUGUCUUAGUGACUAACUUUCUGUUGUUUAUUGUUUUCGUUAGAAAACACAAGCGGAGUUCGAGAACCUGGAUCGAGAACACACCAAACUACAACAAAAACACGACGCCGCCAAGGCACGCAACAAGGUGCUGGCCAGUGAAUUGAAGGGGCUGAAGGCUCAAGUACAGACGCUAUUGGAAAAAGGCGCUCAUGACGAUGAGCUCAUUGCUGCACUCAUGGUGAGGAUACCAUAAACUGCUGCUGCUUAUAAGCCCCCACGCUUCUAUUCCCUCUUCCCCUCCCCCCUCCCCCCCACACAAACUUUAGCCCUUCAGUUAUAGACUCAUCUUCAUGCACCUGUAAACAAAACAAAACAAAAUACAUCCGACUAAACCCCUUCCCGGAAAAAUAAGCCCCCCUUCCGCUUCGUCUUUCUAAGAUUACCACCUCAAUAAAACGUCGCAUUAGGACGUUUCACGUCGAAGUAGUGCAGUGGACGUCAAAGAAAUGUACUAAAAAGCGUCGCUGUUGUUUUCCUCAUAAAACCAAUUCUGUUUUGACGUGGUGGUCGUCGUCGUUGCGUAAGCUCACUAUUUAUAAAGUCUUGUGACAUUUCUUCCAGAGAGAGCAACAACAACUUAAAAAUCAGGCUGCUAGCAGAAAGGCAACCACCCCACCGCCACCCCCUAAGGGAACGUCCCAGGACAAGGCGCAGAUGGAACAUCUAAAGCAAGUGUGCCAAGAAAGGGACCUACGAAUACAGCAGUUGGAGAAAGAACUGGGUCACGCAAGGCUUGAACUUAAAAACACUACAGAAAAAUACAAAGAAUUAUCUGAGCGCGAGACUAAAUCUGUGGCUUGCUGCACUGAAGAUUUACCAACGAACGAGGAAAGAGUAGAACAGAAUGGACCUAGUUACAGUUUUACUGGUGUUAAUACUCAAGGUGCAAGAACUGUGCCAGGUUACGGUUUUGUUAAUAGUUCUGUAGAAGGUCCAUUGCUUAAGGGACCUUACCCACAGGGUUCUGAGGACUUAGGGGCUCAAAACAAUGGUUUCAUAUCGUCAAGGAAAUAUGUGCCCCCUGAAGGACCAAGUAGAAACCAAGUUGGAUCCGUGCCAGGUAGUCCGGCCAGGCGGCAUGUGAUGUCCAGGGGAAGUGUGCAAGGUACAUCGGGGAGGAGAUCUGCACAGGGAUACCAGCUCCCUCCUACACCACCCAGUGGUGGUCGUGGAAGCAGAGGUCGCAGGAAUAGUGCAGGAGGCAGGUACGUAUGAAUGUUAUUCCUCGUGGUGGAGAAUUUGCCAAAAGAAAAUCGCGUGUGGAUAUGGUGAAUUUGACCGACUAAUCCCUCCUUCCUUUUCCCUCUCUUUUUCUCCCCUUUGACGCCUGCCACCCUGGCUAAACAAGAAAAGAUUUGCCUGCGUUGCAGCCAGACCUGUCACUAGCCCGAGACCCCUCCACCUGUCACUAGCUCCCCCUCUGCCCCUCAUCCCGUUUCCAUACAAAAGUCUCUGUAUUGUGAAAAUUUUGCGAAUUUGCUGAACCAUAUCUUUCCUAGUUUUACAUUUCACUAUUUCUAUAUAUCACUAUAAAUCUUGGCAACUUUACUGACUUUAAGAGGCUCUCUCCAGGAGUGUUGAUGUUUGUUCGCUGGAAAAAAUAGACUAAUGGAAGAGUUCUCUGCUAAGACAAACGUAAUCAGGCUAUCAAGACACACGGCUUUAGUGUAAAACCAUGGACUGGUUUUUUGUUUUUUUCAUUUGUUAACAGCGACGAAGUUCAGUUGUUAAGAUCCCAAGUACAGGAGAGUAAGUCUUUAUGCCAGGCAGCUGAAGUUGAGAGAGAUCGGCUGUUAGAACUAGUGUCGCUUCUACAGAAAAGGUAAGAUCUCCAUAGUAAAUCGUCUGGUGCGCUGGUGUUUGUAUAUUUGUUUGCGGCUGACAAUAAUGUUAACAGGCUGCCUGUUGGGAAAAGGGCGAGACAGCUACGCUUUAAUGGCCAGUUUAGAUUUCUGCUUGUGCAUGGGUCUUGUGUCGAAUUUCACAAUGAGACUGCUUUUGGGACGCGAUCACUUCUUUCGUUAGCUAUUGCGAAGUUGCAUAGGAAAAAUGGGGCCAACUUCGUCCCCUAAAACAGUGUCAUGGUGCAAUUCGAUAGAACACCGACAUAGUCUCAAGCGCAGUCUCAGAAUAAACUCCUGCCACCACCAUAUUGGAAAACGAGAGGACUUUGAGGAAGAGGUUGACCCAGUCAACCAAGCUGAACUUGAAAGAAUUAGUCAUUCACCAUUCCAGAUACUAUAAGAGACAUGGGUACAAGCUUUCGACUCAACAGUUAACAAGCGUUGGUUAUGAUUGGUUAAUGGUUGCCUUGAAUACCAUCGACCAAUCAUAACUAACGCUUGUCCACCCAAAUGAUCCCAAAAAUCGUUGCGCGUAAAGUUUGUAGCCAUUCCUCUUACUGUGUGUGAAGUGGGGAACUCAUCAGGUUUUGAUCAGUUAUCACCUUUGAUCUGCAAAGAGGAAAAAAAAAGCGGCGAGAGAGCUUUAGAUUCGAGGGCGACUACGAGUACGAGAUUUUCUCGAUACUUAGUACUGCUCUCAUGUCAGAGAGGGCUUCACCUCUUUCAGUAUAAAUAACCAUAUUGACUUUUUCGAUGAAAAAAAAAAGUUAAAUGAAGCUUUCUGGGGUGUCUUUUUUUAAGAACACGUACAAAACCUUUAGGUUAAAUCUCGUACUCGCUUUCGUCCUCAAAUCUAAAGAAUGCGAGGUCGUGGGCUCGAUCCACGGGAGCGGGCCCAUUUAUGACUAGGGAAGAAGCUUCCACCUUUACCCACGUAAGAUUUGACCUUCUAACGUGCUUUCCGUACGAUGUUAUUUCGUAGAGUUGAUGAGGCUAAAAACAUGGAGUUGGAAGCGAGCAACAAGUGGCAGCAAGAAAGACGUCAAGUGGCUCACUUGGAGAAACAGCUGAGUAGAGUGCAGUCAGGACAGGGCGUGGUUAAGGGGAAAGGGAAGGGGUACGGAACAGGAGGUACAGUACAAGACCGACAAGCAAAGGUGGAAGACUUGGAAGAGCUGUCAACCAGGUAAACAGAAGUGAAACCUUUAAUAACUUCUAUGCAAGACUUGUAAGUCUGUUUUUUGAUCACGCGAGCUUUUUAAAGCAAGAAUUAGGUGCAGUGAAGUGGCACCAACACAAGAGAAAAACUCGACACUAUCGGCACUUUUUUCAUUUUUAUCAUAAUCGUCCGUCUCUGUGCGCUAGAGAAUAUGCCAUUUCUAAAUUCUGUUCUGUUUUGUCAAAAGUUAUCUUGGUUUUAAGCAGUGUCUCCUUCAGUGCGGAAUAGUUCGUCGUUUUCACCGAAAUAUCUUUAUCAAAGACUACGUAGCGAGCGAAAGUUGGAGCGUGAGCACAAAAAAAAAGGAAGAAGAGGGGGGAACAUAACCAUAACUUUUUCUCCCCUCCCACUUUAUCCCUCUUUAUUUGUUCUCGUCCUAACUUUCUCAACGAACCCGCUCGGAAACGCUUACUACUCAGGCUAUUGUUAUCAGAGACUUUUACACAAAAAAUAAAAGUAUCCUAUCCGUAUGUGUGUAUUCUGCCCACAGGCAGGUCCUUCCUUAUAGUUCUCGAUCUAAGGCGCGCCUCUUGACCGCUACUCAAGGGCUGCCAUCCUUUACUCUAUCCAGCUUUCCCACUUGAGGUCUUCCAGGUGGUCUCUUUCCUAUUAUUCUUCCCUCAAUUACUAAUGGGACAAGAUCGCCAUGCCGUGGGGUAUGACCAAGUCAGACUCUCUGUCUUCUGUUGAUAACAGAUAUGUUGACCCUCUCCUCACCGACACGCCUCAAUAGACGAAUCCUUGUUUACAUUUUUGUCUCAUUAGCAUAGGCUUAUCAUUAUCGGAUGAAGCUAAUAAAAUGAAAUUUCUGAAUAUUGAAAGAGCAUAACAAUUUCAGUUAUCUCGGAAAAUUUGAGCCCGAUAUACCAAAUAUUUUGGAGAAAUUUUCUUUGAAAAAACCAAAAUUCUCAAAGAAUGUAUGAGCUCAUUAACGUUUUGCCACCCAGUAGUUUUUGCAGUUUUUAAUGGCUGCUAUUUUUUUGUUGCUGAUUGCAAAGAGCUGAAACUUGCACAAACUCCAUAAAUUAACCAGCUUUUUUAAUUUUUGAACCUAAUUGGUAUACAGUAUACGAGUACCUCUUCUAUGGGUUAACUCGUAUGCUAAUAAGCAAAGAUGUCACGAUGAAUCCGCCUAUACUUCUUCGUUACAGACUUUGUCAGACCAAGUAAUAUUUAAGACCUUUCCCCAAAGCCACAUCUCACAGCUCUUCAGCCUUCGCUCAUCAAAUUUAAAAUGCAAUCUCAGAGACUAACCUCUUUUCAUUUUCUUCACUAAUAAAUAAUUCUUCAUGAAUAAAUAAUACGUUUUCUAAUAUCUUCACCAGACUCGCCAUUCAAACAGACGAAAACGACGCACUAAAGGAAGCUCUCAACUCCACUUUGAAAGCGAAGGAAGAGGACUUGAAAUUUUACCAGGAGAUGAUGGAUCAAACAAAAAAGAUUUUUCUUCAAGGCCUCAGACAGUUUAGACAGAACUCAGCACCCAGCUAGGUGGCGAAUAAUUUUGUAUAGUGCGCCACAUAAUCAAUAUUUAUUUUUUAUAAUAAACCGUUAUUAUUUGAAC